AUGCGCAAUGCGGGCAUUCGCUCAACGACAUCAGUCCGAUCGACGGCACAAGGCAGCUCGCUGUGCUGGCUCUGGCCUGCGACCCGGAGAACCCCUUACCAGCCCCUUUUCUUCGCGGGCUUCUCGUUCAUCUCCGGGGGCGGCGGAUCGCAAGCGGCAGCAGGAAGUGGCCAGUCCUCGGCAGAGACGGCAGACCAGGCGGGAGACGACGCCAGGCGAGAGGGCAGCGGGCAAUGUCCACCCAUCCCGCCCGAGGAGGACGUGGAGCCCGGGAAGCCGGUUUCCGCGAACGGGGUGGACUCGCUGAUGGCGGUGGAGCUGAGGAACUGGGUCACUGGAUCGGGCGGGAGUCCGGCGCGGCUGUGGCUGUGUUUGCCAUGA